AGGCUACUAGGAAAAGAAAAAUAGAUAAACUGGUUCUGGCGGAAACCUUUGACGGAGGUCUUUUACGGGAGGCUGCAGAAAAGAAAAAGGAUGAGUCAAUUUUAGCACAAAUUAGAGGUAAAGACUGUGUUGCCAUAGAAGUACGUUACCACAGGCAUUGCCAUUUGGAUUACUGCAGAUUCUUAACCCGAAAAUUGACAGUUAGUAAGCCAAAUGAUGAACUAUACCAAUCAAGCUACACUGCCUUCUGUUCGAAAGCAAUUGACGAAAAGCUCCUUAAGAAAAAACAAAUAAUGAGAAUGAGGGUAUUACAUGAGAUCUUUGUGGAACAAGUUAUGAAGACUGAAAGGCUUGAUGCAUCCAAUUACCGUCCUACUCGUCUUAAGGCAAGAUUACAAAGAGACUAUCCACAACUUGUCUUUCACCGUCCUAUAGUCAGAAAUCGAAGCGAACUUGUCUUUGUUGAAGAGCUAUCAGUAGGUGAAGUAGCAGAAACCUGUGGAACAGCAGAUACUGAAGGAGCAGACUCAGAAGAGAGUGACAGCGACGAGGAAAUGAUUAGUGAAACUCCAAUUGAUAAAAAGGAAGUCACCUUGAAGGAGUAUUAUGAUGUUGCUAUGGCUUUACAGAAUGCUAUAAAAGGAGCCCGAGCUAUGGAUUCAUCUUGGCCACCGUCAUCUGUCGAUCUCUCCACGACCCAAGUGCUGAAGAUGGUCCCAUUUGUGCUGUUUAAUUUUAUUGCUUGGAUAUUGGGCUUCUCAGAUUACCCAGAAAUGUCAUCUCAUCUGAAACUAGAAGAUUCCCACAUGACGAAAGUCCUAUCUAUCUGCCAAGACAUGUUGUACAUAGCGUCAAACGGGAGAAAACAAACACCGAAAUCGCUAGCACUGGGUAUGGCUGUAAGGCAGCUCACACGGUCGUCACAACUCACGCAAAUUUUGAAUGGUUUUGGCCACUGUGCAAGUCAUUCUGCCAUCUUAACCUACGAAACAGACUUGGCUAAGUUAGCUAUAAAAUCAGACUGCUGUAUUCCAAAAGAUACAGAAAAACAUAAAUUUACUUGUCUGGUGUAUGAUAACGACGACUUCACAGAAGAUUCUAGAAAUCAAACCCAUAUACUCGGAGGUAUAUUAAUUCAACGAGAGGAUUUAUCCGGCAAUGGACCAGUAGUGGUUACACAGCAGCUAAAGAAGGGUGGGAGAACUCUUCAGGCUCCAAGUGAAAGUAUAAUUCCGUACAGCCUUGGCAAAAAACAGACACCAAAUUUUUUAGGUACAUCACUUUCAUCAACUUUUUAUGAAAUCAACGUCUCAUUUCAUCAAGAUCUUGCUAAGAGGUUGGAUUUUGCCUACUUUAUGAUGAAAAUGCGCCAAAAUUACGUCGGUAUUGUACUUCCGGGUUGGACAGGUUUCAACAUUCUUUUAAGGCAGUCUGCAAUACCACCACUGUCUCGAAUCAGAUACUUGCCAAUAAUUGAUGGAUCCCCCAGUGACUACUCAACACUGUACACUGCUCUUUUAAAGAGCAUCAAUAUUGCUGAUAAGCUGUCUCUAGAGCACAUCGUUCUGGUUUUUGAUGAAGCAAUCUACGCAAAGAUUCAGCAGAUUAGGUAAAGAUUUUAGUCUAUGGUGAAUGACAGUUUUACCAAGUUUCUCGAAUUCCUAUUUACUGGCAGCAUUAAUGCAAUACAUCUCGCUUUCAUGUUUGACAUUAAUUGUUUGUUUCCCUUUAUAUCUUAAAUUAGAUGGAAAGAUGAGAUUUUUAUGAAGAGGUUCGUUGUCAGACUUGGGGAAUUCCAUGCCACCAUGUCGUUCCUGAGUGCCAUAGGAAACAUGUUUAGAGAUGCUGGGUUACAGGUAUAUGUUCUCUCUUAUACAUUUGUGAGAAAUAUAACUUUACAGUAUUAAGGUAGCUGUAUUUUUGUAAUAGUGAACUUGCAUUGUUUUAGGACAUACUUAUUGAAUCCGAUGUUGUUGGACAAGGGCAAAUUAAAGGUGUAAUGACUGGAAAGCAUUAUAAUAGAAGUAUGCAUUGCCACAAAGUAAUGAGCGAAGCCCUGCACAGACUUCGAUUCCAAGCAUUCUUAGAUAGUGUUAGUGAUGAAGAGUCCGCUAAUAUCUACUCAGUCGUGUCUGACCUGCUGAAUAAUUUUCCAAGCGAGGAUUUUCAGGAGAAACUUACUGCGGAACCAUUCUCGGAAAUUCUUGAUAAGUAUGAGGACUUUGUGGUUCAGGAAAGUGAAUGUAACCCAACGUUUUCAUUGUGGAGUACCUACCUUGAAAUGAUCGGUAUUCUUCUUCAAUUUGUACGGUGAGCUUAUUAAUUGAAUUGCGAAGGUUUGCAGCUAAAAUAUUUUUAGUCCUCAAGCAGCUUUUUUGCUCAUAAGUUGCAUUAGGGAAUUAAAAUGUUUUGACUCCUUUAGAGCUACACGAGAAGGAAAUUGGGAACUUCAUCUAUCAACAAUGCGUUCAAUGCUUACAUGGUACUUUGGAUGUGAUCGAGUGAAUUAUUGCCGUUAUGGAACGGCAUAUUGGCUUGAAAUGACAAGACUACACGAGACACAUCCAGGUAAUACACGGUUAAUGCAGCCAUAUUUUUCAUUUGAUACUUAGUCUAGCAUUCACAAUUGUAGUAUCGCAAUGAAAAAUAGGCUGGUACACUGAGUGGUGUGAAAUCAUUACAUGCUAUUGAAUUAAUUAUGUGAAUAGGUACUUGUUUGCACCCUUUUUCCCGUUUUUAGCAUUAUUGAGAGAUCUUCGCGAUCAAUGGACAGUACAACGCCAACAGAAUCAUGGGUUUUCCUCUGUCGCAUGCGAUAUGACUAUUGAACAAACCUUAAAUAGAGAUUCAAAAACAAAAGGAGGUAAGAAUAAAUUCAUUUACAGUUCGCCAGUGGUAACUGUACCCACUCUUAAGAGUACAUAUUCUUAAUAUUUCAGGAAUGGUUGGAAUAACGUUAAACAGGGGUGCUAUGCAACGAUGGAUUAUUGCUCAAUCUGAUAGGUCUGCUAUCACAGGAGAGUGUAUGAAAAUGGCCGGCACUGAUCCAACUAAAAGGUAUAUAAUGCAAAAUAACUUUUACUAUUAACAAGUACAUGACUAUUUUUAUUUAAUCACAAAAUUUACAGGCAUACCAAUACCAUAACUUCGUACAAUAAUUGCUUGCUACCUCCGAGCACAUAAGUAACAAUUUCGUUAUUAUUUAAACUUAAAAUUUAUAGAAAAAGAAAGGAAUUAGACAUGCCACAAAGAACUCGCCAUGAGAAAGAUGUGUUGAGUAUAGUAAACACGCUUCAGAACAUGGUAAAUCCUUUUGAAACUGAUACUGAAAUAACAGAUAUGAUUCACUUGUCAAGUGGACUAGUAGCUACACCAGAUGUAAAGGCAGACUUACUAAGAACAAAACAACGAGGAGAAGAAUGCGUGACUGCUUUUCUAAAAGACAGGUUGCUAGUUUCGGAGCCUGAUAUCUUCUCAACGAUUCCUAAGCUAAAAUUGAAAACCUUUUCGUCAAUGGCUAAGAAAGUUAAAGUUAGUUCAGCAAAAGGUGUGGAAGCCACCAUUAAGAAUAACCGUAACUUGUUCGCUCGAAUGCUCUUGCUGGCGCAAAGUAGAAAUGUGGACAUGAAGGAAUUGCUCUCUUAUUCUUUGGGUCCAUUUCCUUUAUCUCUUUCAACCGAGAUGGGCACCUUGCACAAGACCCAGAAAAGCAAACUGAUGACGUCAAUCGAAUCAAGUGUCCAAAAUCACACAGUCGACAAUGUUCCGGAGGGAAACGCAAUCAUUCUUGAUGGAAUGGCACUCAUUCAAGCUACAAAGAAGCUACCUUCAUCGUUUGGAGAAUUUGCAGAGCAAUUGUUUUCAAGGGUGAUAAAGCUGGCAAUUUAUCACAAAUCUUCACGUGUCGAUUUUGUGGUAGACAGAUAUCCUGAUGUGAGCAUUAAAAACCUCGAACGGAACAUUCGGGCAAGUGGUGGAUUAGCAGUAAUCAAUAUAUAUGGAGCUGACCAGAAACUACCAGCACAAUGGGGCAAGUUUCUUAAGCAUGGUCGAAACAAAGAAGCACUCAUUCGGUUUUUGUUUGAACAGUGGUGUACAUACACAUCGAUGAUGUUUAGUGGUAUUGUGGUCUACGUUUGCCAUGACGACAAGUGCCAUAGCCUUAAGCCAGGACUUGACAAUGCACCUAAUAUUAUUCGAGAAAUAUCAUCAUUAUCUUGCGAUCACGAAGAAGCCGACACUAGAAUGCUACUUCAUGCAAAUCAUGCGUCUCAGUCACAUGGAAGUAUUGUGAUAAAGAGCCCGGAUACGGACGUCUUCAUUAUUAUACUUUAUUUUUGCCAUAUUCUCCAAUGCGAACUAUUUUUUGAGACUGGUGCGAAUGAGAAAACUCGGAUCAUAGACGCCAGAUGUGUUCAACAGCAGAUUGGUGAGAAAGAAGGCAAAGCAUUAAUUGGAUUUCACGCAUAUACCGGUAAGCAAUAACUAGCUACAUUAUAUUAAUAAUUAGGGUGCCGUUUCGUUAAUGAUUUAGCUAAAAGUGAGGUAGAUGUAUAGUAGCCACAUGUAGUUUGUAAGAACACAACAGCUUGUGCAUCACUGGAUCAAUUUUAGUUCCUUUACCAUUUCUAGGGUGUGAUUCUACGAGCUCAUUUUAUGGUCGAAGUAAGAUAUCAACCUGGAAAUUAGUUUCAAAUGACGAAACAGCUCUCGACACAUUUGUGCGUCUUGGUGAGGACUUUGACGUUGAUGAAUCCAUUCAGGAAAACCUCGAAUCACUCACAUGCAUGCUAUAUGGGGCUAAGGAUACCACAUCUGUCAAUAAAGCAAGAUAUGACAUGUUUAGGAUGGGUAAAUUCUCUGAUGCAGCAUUGCCUCCAAAUGAGGAUUGUCUUGUACAACACAUCCAGCGAGCAAAUUACCAGGCCGCAAUAUGGAAAAGAGCAACAACUCCAACAAUUGACGCGCCUUUACCAACUGAUCAUGGAUGGAAGAUUGAUGAAGAAGGAAAUAUUGAUGUGGUGUGGAUGACAAAGAAAUGUGCUCCUGAUGUACUGCUCAAAGAUUGCAACUGCAAAUGUAAAACCGGCUGUUCAACCCUAAGAUGCUCCUGUAAAAAGGCCAACAACCAGUGUAAUGAAAUGUGCCAGUGUGUUGGAUGCACAAAUUGUCCACACGAGUCCAGCGAAAGCGGUAGCCUUGAAGAUGAUUCAGAAGAUGAUCUGGGUAGUGAUAUGGAGGAAGAAAACUUGUAGUAUUGUAUAGCACAACACCGCGAUGCAACACAGCUGAAAUUUGUGCUAUCCUAUUGUAGAAAUGCAAAACUUAUAUAAUCAAAUAGUAUUUAUUAUAUUUCAUUGACAUUGUGUUGAUAUCAGUUCGAG